UUUUUUUUUUCCUUUGCUUUACUUUACUUGCUUACUCUUCAAAGAAACACACACACACACACACACACAUAAAAAUGGACUACGAUUCAGAUUCUAGUGAUUUUCAUUUCCCAAUGGAUACUGGAUUACCCAAGUUAUCAUCACCUUUAUCACAAAAAGUGCCUGAAGCAUAUGAUUGGGCUAUGCACGAUUUUAUGCAAACAAAACCAACAGAGACAUUAAUUAGUUUUAAGCAAUAUAUGCCUGUCAUUGAUAAUGAUGAACAUGAUGACUACUAUCUAACAUUAGAAGAAAAGGACUUUUUAACUCAAAUUUCAACAAGAUUCCUUCAAAUGGAGCGUAAAGAGUUACAUGACGUUUUGAAAGGAGGAUUUAUGCUACAAGAGCAGCCAUUAAGUUGGUUUGAUGAAGCUGUUGAAAGUGGAAAUUAUCAAAUUAAAAAUUUAGAUACAAUAGAAGUGCCAAAGCGUAAACAGAACUUUAGCUCAUUUGAAGAUAAUAGUGUACAAUUACCCAAGAGUAGUAAUUCCGAGCCAUUAUUUACAACAAUUGUAUCACCUAAUGAUAAGCCAUUACCACCACUGCCUCCACUUAAAAAGAAGCUUAAUCAUAAAAUUAAAUCAAAAUUCGUCAAACCUUUUGUCAAAUCUACAUCGGAAAAGCCAAAGAAAAUAUUUCAUUCAACAAAAAAGUUUAUUCGAAAAAUAUUUUUGUUCAGCAACAAUGUUUAAAGAAAAAAAGAAAAAAAAAUCAAUCAAUUCAACAGCAAAUAUUCGCAUUUCUUCUUUGUACAUAUUCUUCCUUUCUAUUCUUACUAUUGUACCUCCUUCCACCCCCUUAUUUUAAUAUACAAAAAAAAAA